CAAUCACAAAAAUAUCAUGAUUUUGUUAUCAUGCAAUAACUUAAUGCAGAAGUUAAUUUAUAGAAUAAUAUUUUACAUUUUGGCCUAACUUCAAACAAUAUUAAAUAUGAAUGUAAUUUUACUAUCUGAAUUUAAGCUCAGCACUCAAAUCAAUCUAAAUGGAUAAGCCAAAAGAAACUAUUAUUUGUAGCAGAAAUUCUUAAAUUGGAAUUUAAUUUGUAAUAUACUUAUUUAUAUUUAGAAAAAAUCUGAUGGGUUGUUAUCCAACUAAAUAUUCAAUACCAAAACAUAAUCACCACUUUUGACAUCUCCACUUUCUGCUCGUAAUUCCAUUUAUUUGGACUAAAGUGAAAUCAAAUAAUUUAAUGAAUAAUCUAAUCAAGAAUCUGAUGAAAAAAAUAAUUAUUAAGGAAUUCAUUAGGUUCCUUAAAAUAUCACUCAUAAAAAUUUUAAUAAAACUUAAACUCAAAAUAAACCAAAAUAUUUUACUUAAAAUUAUUCUUAAUAAAAUUAUAAUCCUUAUACAGAUCCCAGGUAGAUUAAAAAGCAAUUUUAAAUCAAUGAUUAAAAAAAUUCAAAAAUUAUUAAAUAAAAAAACAUUGACAAUAUAAAUGAUUAAAAUCAAAAAUUUCACUAAAGUCAAAUAACAAAUCAAAAUUCUGGUUUUAAGUUAUUUAGCAAAAUGUAAAAAAUAUAAACUAAUAACAAUAAUAAGUCUAAAGAGGGACAUAUUGUAAUUACUUUACCUAAAUCUAAAAGGAAAUUUGAUAGCUUCCCAUCUACAAAAUAAAGAUAAUAAUCUAACAGUUUAGAUUAAACAAACAUUAAUGAUCAUUUUUAGAGAUUGCUUCAAAAUUAAGAACCUAGAGAACUAUAUACUUAGCCAUUCUUUUAUUCGUAGUAUUCACAAAUAUCUAAAAUUACAGUUUCAUCCUCCUCAGAAAAAUUUAAAUAAAAUUUAUAUAAACCUAUAAAAAAACAGAGAACAAAUUUAUCACAUCAAAAUAAGUCUUAUGAUCAACCUCAAUAAUAAUAUUAUUCAGAUGAUAGUUUUGAGGGUAAUUCUUAAAAUGUUAAGAAAGUAGAUUUAUAUAAAUUGUCUUAAGAAAGAGUAGAAUCUCUCCAAAAUUCUAAUGAAAAAUCAAAUUUUAAUAUUACCUCAAACGUCAGAAACUUGAACUCAUCAGGUUAUAUAAAGAAUUAAUUAUAUGAGAGUCCAACUUAAAAUUAUUAUAAUUAUUAACAAACAUUAGAAUCCAGAUAAAUUGAUGAAAGAGCACAUAAUUUUCAAGAAUAAUUUAAAAAUUCUAAUCUCUAAGCAAACUUUAAUUAAUUUAAUUAAGUUAGCCAGACAGAAAGUUACAUACAAUAAAAUUCUAUUACUUCCAAAAAGCCAAUUUAAAUUAAAUUAAAUUUAAAGUAAUUUAUUUAAUCGGAAUAAUAAAUAAAUCACCCUACAAAUUCUCCAAGGGCAUGUAAUUGUUUAAUAAUAUAAUAGUUACCUUGUUAGAAUAAUAUAAAAAUAAGACUGCUGCUAAUUAAUGAG